AUGCUUCUGAUAUUCAUUAUAAUUUCAAAUUUUGUUAUUUUUUCAAUUAAUUGUGAAAAAUUAGAUGAUUCUAUCAUUGAUGGUAGUUUGAAAGAUAGAAAUUUGACAAUGGGAUUUGCCAAAAAAUUGAAUGAUUCGAUUUAUGACUCGAACUUGAAUUCAAGAAUGAGCAAUAAGGCGUUUCUUAAAACAAAGUGGGUUUGAAUGUUAUUGUUGUUCGCAGAAAAUUUUAAAAUUGAUUUCAGACUUUUGGAAAACCUGAAUAAUUUUUUCCCAACCGCUGAUGCUAAUGAGCAAUUAGAAAUUUUAUCAGCAGCAUCUCCACCAAAUGAUGAUGUUUUUCUAAAUUCUGUUACUGAAAGUCCGUAUCCAACUUUGAUGCCUGAUGAUCCUUUAUUGGAAUUGGAGUUAGCGACAGCGCCGUCGACAAAAAUCAGGUACCCAAUUUUGACUUCUGCUCAUUUUUUAUUAGCUCUUUUUCAGAUCUGAAGGUCGAAUAACAUCCGAAAAAUCAUCUCUCGAUUCAAUUCGCGAUUGGCGUCGUCGACUCUACAAAGCCUUCAAAAAUCGAAGAAAAAUCAAAAAAUCAGCAGAUCCUGAAAUCGUCGAAAUGUCUGAUCCUGUUCCUCUUGUCAUCGAUAAAAAUCGGCAAAUUAUUGCAAGUCGAAGACAAGAACCAAAUUGGCAGUUUGGUUCAAAAUCAAUUCAAACAUAUGGAAGAGAUCAACAUGGAAAACUUAUUCCACUUUUUGGAUUAGAUCCAAGUUUUCUGAAUCCAACACAGAAACCAAUUGAGUUUGUUAAUUUUUUUUCGGAAGAUUUAAGAAAAAAAAUUCUGAUUUUUAUAGACCUUAUGAACCUCGUGAUAUUCGACUAACAUAUCGAUCAUCUCAUACUGGCGAACCUGUUGUUUAUAUUCCAGCUGCAACUCGAGUUGGCCAAACUCCUCAACCAAUGCAAUCUUUUCCAGCCCCGGUUGCUUCAUAUCUCGUUACAGUAAUCCUCCUAGGCCUUUGAGAAAAGGUCUAGGAGACAUCUCAAAUAACUAGAUUCUUUUCAGGCAAUGCCACAACCCAUACAACUUCAAGUUUUACCAAACUUCAAUACACCAGCUCCGCCAGCUCCACAACAAGUUCAGCUGAUUUUUCCACCAGCAACAAACAAUGAAAACGAUGACGAGAAAUUUAAUAAUGUAGGUUUAAUCUAAUUUAUUUUUUGAAAAACAUUAUGGACCCCUUUUAGUGUAUGAGUUGUGCGGCUUCACAAACUGAUGAAAAAUGUAAUAGUCAACGGCUUCGAUCAAUUAUUUUGAAUGUAAGUUUUCCCCGAAUCCCGAAAAAUUCAAUUUGAAACAAAAAAUUAUUUAGAACAUCGUUGCAAAUGAUGCCGAAUCAUCGAAAAAAGCUGUACAAAGUCAAGCGGAAGCUGAGACAGGGAUAUUUUUCGAUGCAAUUUGUGGAACUGGAUUUUUCAGUUAUAUAGGUAAUUCUUUCGAGAAAUUUUUGAUUGUAAAAGUGGAUCAUAUUUGAAUAAUAAAAAAAAACAUUUAAUAAUUUCAAAAUAAAAUGUCAGGAGAACUACGGUUACUAAAAAUUAUUUUAAGUACUUUAAGGAGUACUGUACCUCAAAAAAAUUGGAAGUACAUUUUUAGAAAAAAUCUAUGAUCUGCACUUUCAAAAAUCUUGAAGUUACUGUAGAUUCGAAGACUAGAACCUACAAAAAAGGUUCAAUUCUGAUUUACAGCCAGUAAUGUUUUCUAAACUUUAAAAUAAUCCAGUUUUCGGUGGCCUGCAUCCGGCCCUAAUCGAAUUCAUCUCGUCUAACAAAGUAAGAUGUUUUUCAGCUCACACCGAUGAAUUUUGCCUGGCCUCCUCAGGCGGUGUAAAUUGCUAUUUAUUCUCGCCAGUUUGCUCAAAUCAAGAAGACCUUCAAAGAAAAAACAAGAAGAAAAUGUUUGUUAGUCGUAAUCGGGUAUAA